AUCCUUGUUGGAGUUCACAUCAGUUUCUGUAAAAUCGAUCCUUCAUGGUUUCAAGAUGUUCGUUUCCCUCGCCUUGAUUACAGCAGCGCUGGCCGUGGUGUCAGCUGCACCAGGUCGAAACAGACAUGAAUCGCACAGCCACCAAAAGAUCGCAGAAGACGACUUUGUCCAAGUCGAUGGUCUUCGUUUCAAAGAUGCAGCGGGAAGCGUUUAUCUAACGGGUCUAAACUACUGGAGCUGCCUCAAUCUGGCAGCCGACGAGUCUGCAGGGGGGAACCAUUCUCGUUUGAUCCUAGAACUGGACGACAUGGCCAGCAAGGGCGUCAAUCAUCUUCGCAUCAUGGCCGCCUCUGAAGGCGCUCCCACCUGGCAACCAUUCCAUGUCGAAGCGCGGCAUGCGGGCGACCAUGACGCUGAACAACGAAUGGCAAUGGUCUGGCGGUUUCGCUCAGUACGUGUCGUUGGGGCAACUACACCGUCGAAGGCGUAG